AUGCCGGCGAGACCACGAAUCAGCUCUGCAGCUGCUGCCGCGGCUGCUGUUGCGCAUGGAGACGGUUUUAAGCCGCGAGAAGAAAGAGGUUGGGAGGAAUUUCACCAAGACCUAGAUAUCGAAGCCAGCUUCCCAGUAUUCUGCUCCUACGAAGUGGAUGGCAUCAAGAAAACCCCGCUGAAGACACCUUCUGAAUUAUCCGAGGCAGUACGUCAGCGACGACGAACGCUCGAUGCAGAUGGCCGUCAAAUGGUAAAUGGAAAUGGGCGCCGAACACCUUUGGCGCAGGAUGAAGCUUACAAUUCUACGUCACCCAACGGUACGCCCAAGAGGCGACCAGGACGUCCUCGACGAACGGAGUCCAUGCUAAAAGGCAUUGGCAUCUCUCCUGAUGUACCAAAGCUGAUUCCUCCGCCCGGCUUCAACCCACGAGAGAAGCUCACCUUGCCUAAGCCUUCUUUUCGACCAUUAGAUCCAUUUGCGACAUUCGAGGACAGGGAGGAGUUUGUAGAUCAAGCAAUGUCAAAUGUGGGAUAUCAAGAAAGUGAGUUGUGGGCCCGACAAGGAUCAUUGAUUCGCGUCACAGAGGGUAACAUCGAAGACGACUUGCUCCUAAAGACAAAGCAAAACGACAAAGAUGAUGGAACAGGGAUUGGGCCAGUAGGAGUUGGUAGAGUCGAGUAUGACAUGGAUGAACAAGAUAUGUACUGGCUGAAUUCCUAUAAUGAGUCACGACGAGAGGAGGAGGUGCCUGAGAUCAAACCGUGGAUCUUUGAGGUCGCAAUGACCAAGAUUGAGAAGGAAUGGCAUGCGCUCGAAAAGCGCAUUCCAAAGCCGAAUCCCAAACCUCCUCAGACCCAUCGCCCGCGAUCUAGCUCAGCAGCUGCGGUCAACGGCGAAUUAGCACAUGGUGAAGAACAAGACACCAAAUGCGCAAUUUGUGAUGAUGGAGACUGUGAAAAUACCAACGCAAUCGUCUUCUGUGAUGGCUGUGAUCUUGCGGUCCACCAAGAAUGCUAUGGCGUACCUUUCAUCCCGGAAGGUCAAUGGCUGUGCCGUAAAUGUCAGUUGAUCGGACGAGGCACACCUACGUGCAUCUUUUGCCCAAAUACGGACGGCGCAUUCAAGCAAACAAAUGCAUCAAGAUGGUCUCAUCUCCUCUGUGCUAUAUGGAUCCCCGAAGUCUCCAUUGGCAACGCUACCUUCAUGGAGCCAGUCAUGGAUGUUGAAAAGGUACCUAAGCAACGAUGGAAACUGACUUGUUAUAUAUGUCGCCAGAAGAUGGGAGCUUGUGUUCAAUGUGGUAACAAGAAUUGUUACAUCGCGUUUCACGUUACUUGUGCAAGAAGAGCAAGACUGUUCUUGAAAAUGAAAUCAACACACGGUGGUCCAGCAAGUCUCGAUGCGAGUGUCCUAAAAGCGCUUUGUGACAAGCAUGUGCCCGCUGAAUGGCGCCGUGAGCAUGACGUUGACCGUGCAAUCAUCGAGGCAAUGGAUUAUUAUCGCUAUGCUAUGCGCGGCAGGAUGUGGGCAGAUUCUCAACAGGCUGCUUUGACGGCGAUACCACCGCCUCCGCAAGAUCCACUGAUGGAAGGGGCCAAUGGGGAAGAACCAUCAAGCUCGAAGAUCACACUCAAACUGGGCACAAAGAACGCUAAUCGACCUCCGCCCCCCAAGAUUGUCUGGAAAUUACCAUCGGGUGCUCCCGUCAUCCCACAGGCUUUGUACAGCUCUAUAGAAAGCUCUUUAGUACGAUUCACGAUCAAAAAACGCAAGGAGUUCGCCGCAGAAGUCUGCAAGUACUGGACUUUGAAACGUGAAGCACGGCGUGGUGCGGCGCUUCUCAAAAGACUGCAGCUGCAAAUGGAGACAUUCACAUCAAUGGAGAUACCGAGAAGGAAUUUUGUUGGCAUGGGGGCUGCAGGUGGGGUUCGACUACAAAGACGUAUCGAUUUUGUAGAGACGCUGGUGGACGAUGUCAAAAAGAUUCGAGAGAUUACAGCCAAAAUAUUGGAGAGAGAGGGACAGAAGCUUGAAGACGCCAAGAUACUUGAGGAAAUUGUAGACACCAUCUACUUUCCCCUGGCUCCGCUCCUCUCUCCUAUUCUGCAAAAAGCCCAAACCCUUGACAAUCACGGUGCUUUCGCAGAAGGCUUUAACGAUAUUAGCAACAACAUUGAAAAGCGGACGUACCCCAAUAUUUUAGAAUUCGCAGAUGACUUCGCUUCGACAAUUGCAAGCACCAUCACCUCCUCCGCCGUAGUGGACGGAUCAGACCACUCGUUGCAGAUCAACGGCCUAAGCCCAAUCAAAUCGAAGACUCACCACGCCAAAAAGGAAAAAACAAUAGCCAAGCGGAUCGUCAAAGGCGUGCAAGGCUCAAUCGAAGAUGCGAUUCGAAAAGAAUGCCAACUAUCGAAGACGUCCCAUGAAGGAGAGAUCCAAAGACUGACUACACUUCUCGACAACUGUCUUUGUGGUCGUCAUGAGCCCCUUCCAAAGAGCGGAAUUCAGGAGCUGCCAUUGACUAAUGGCGACUCGUUUCAUCUGAAUGGCCUAGUGAAUGGCGAUACAAUUCACGAAGAAGGGGCCGACUCUGUCAAUGUCCUGCACGGCAAAUCUUCUACACCUACUCCCCAGACUCGCCGGACUUCAAUGCGAAGUGCUGGGCGCCGUCGACGAACAAACAGUAGUCUUGGCUCUGUCCACUUACCUAAUGGGGUUUCCAAUACGCCUUCUAAGCCCGAGACUUACCGAAUCACUCGUUCGUCUACGUCUUCGAGCGUCAAUAGCGAGAAACGGCUUCCCCGCAGCGGUAUCCCCUGGUAUAUGGAGAACUUCCGACCCGAGGGCACGACGAUCCAGGAGGAACAGUGGAAGGGUAGAGACUUGGUGGACAGCGAGCUUCUCAGUGAUAUGGAUGAAGAAGAGAUGUCAGGGUUGGUGGACGGUGGUCACAGCAAUGCGAAAACGGCUUUUAGCAGGGAGGAAGAGGAGGCUGCUGCUGCUGCGAAAGCGGAGGCAUCGGCGAAGAAACGGAAGUUGGCGAGGAAGAAGGCUAGUAGGGGGUGGACCAAGCGAUAA